AUAUAUUCACAUACAAUACAAUUUGAUCUAAGAAAAGAGAGACGGAGAAAGAGUGAGAUGGAGAGCCAGAAGAAGAUGAUGGUUGUUUUUGGUUUAGUUGCCGCCGUGUUUUUGCAGAUUAUGGCAGCGCAGACGGCGCAUGUGGUGGGAGGUAGCAUAGGCUGGACCAUACCACAGAACGGUGCGCAAGAGUAUGUCACGUGGGCGUCUGGACAGAAGUUCCUAGUUGGUGAUGUUCUGACUUUCAACUUUGCCACAAACACGCAUGAUGUUGUAGAAGUACCCAAAGCAUCAUUCGACUCAUGCAGCUCCUCCAACCCAAUCGGCAGCACCAUCACCACUGGCCCAGCAAACGUCACUCUCACGUCUGCCGGCGACCACUACUAUAUCUGCACUUUCGGCCGCCAUUGCCAGUCCGGACAAAAGCUCGCCAUUACCGUCUCAGCAUCCGCCACAUCACCUGGAGCCUCCCCUUCUGCACCAACUCCCGUAUCCCCAACGCCACCCACUCCCACUACUACUCCUACCACGCCUUCACCCACAUCUAACGCCCCUUGCCCUCCGGUCCAAGCACCAUCUCCGUCCACCAAAACCACGGGGCCCACAGCUAGCACCACGCCGGGAUCCACCGCGUUGCCUCCAAGCUCUUCUUCCCCUAUCGUUGGGGCUGGUUUGGUUUUGAGCUUAUUGUCCCUUGUAAUGGGACUUUUCUUUUAGAUACGCUAUAUAUACAAAGCGUUAAUUCAUUUUGAUAUAAGAUUAUCGUUGAUUGUUGUUUGUUUUUCAGAAUAAAGAUUUCUUAUUUGAGCGCGUGAUAAUCA